AUGCAAUCCAAGAAAUUAUCAAACUCUCGAGAUAUGAAUCAGGGACAAGGAAUUCAAACUCAAAUUCCUAAAUUCACAGGGCAAAACUAUUACCACUGGCACAUUCAAAUCAAAGUCCUGCUUGAAUCUCAAGAACUGUGGAAUGUUGUUGAUGAAGGAAUUCGUGAACUGGGUACUAAUCCAACGGAAGAAGCGACAUCAGCGCACAGGGAUGCAAUCAAGAAAGAUAAACGUGCACUGCAUAUCUUAUUUCAAUCAGUGAGUGAAACCAUAUUCGAAAGAAUUGCGCUUGCAACAUCAUCGAGAGACGCAUGGAAUAUUCUGCACAAAUCCUGUCGCGGAGAAAAUCGGGUAAAAACAAUUAAACUUCAAUCUCUUCGAUGUGAAUUUGAUUCGUUAAAAAUGAGGGAAUGGGAAUCGGUUGAUGAUUAUUUCAAUCGAACAAUUCUUAUUGUUAACCAAUUAAGAAUGAACGAAGAAUCAAUUAGUGAACAAAGAAUCGUAGAAAAAAUCCUACGAAGUUUGACUCGGAAUUAUGAGUCUGUGAUAUUCCAACCGAACAUGCAUGUCAAAUGCGUAAUUCCAAUCAAGACCGAAUCGGUAAGAACAAGAGUCGAAAAUGGAGUACAGUUAGAUGUUAUAACUGUCAAGUUUUGUCAUCGGAAGGAUGAUUACGAGAAAUCUGACAACGCACUAAUCCACAUAGACGAAGAAAACAAUGAACAAGAAGACACAAUGUUCAUGAUCUUCAAUAUGGAGGAAACAGUCAAGGAUGAUUGUUGGUAUUUAGACAGUGGUUGUAGUAACCACAUGACGGGAAACAUAGAAUUAUUCAUCAAACUAGAUGAAUCAGUAAAGAAAGAAGUGAGAACCGGUGACGAUAAAUGA